AUGGAUCUUCUUUUGCUUGGUGAUCAAACGACAGAUUACCUGCCGACGCUGCGGAAACUCUUGCGACGAAAUCGAAGCCCAUAUUUUUCCAUAUUCCUGGAAGAAGCAACGGCUUUGAUCCAAAACGAAGUAUUGAUUCUUCCAAAGCAUAAAAAUAUCAAUUUCCCCCCGUUUUCUACUAUGGAAGAGCUUGUCGAUAGAUAUGAGUUUAGUGAUAAGCGAAAUGCUGUCCUGGACAGCACGCUUGCAUGUCUCGCUCAGAUCGCGCAUUUUGUAAUGUUUCUUGAAAGACGACAAGUGAAGAAAGAACAUCAACCCGAGUUUCGAGUCGUUGGAGUAUGCACAGGGCUUUUAGCAGCGGCAGCAGCUGCAUCCUGCGAAAGCCUAGAGACAUUUAUCCCUUUGGCGCUUGAAACGAUUCGAGUUGCGUUCCGAGUCGGCUUUCUCGUAGCAACUCGUGCGGAAGAGCUCAUUCAAGAUUCAAGUGAUCAGUUGUGGUCUACUGUGAUAGCACGACACAUUAAUGACGACCCUGAUAUCGAGAUAACUUCCCUAAAUGAGAAACUUAACCUCAAGCAUGGUCGUAAACUUUACAUCAGCUCCAUUGGUCCCAGCACCAUAACGAUCAGCGGUCCACCAAGCUCUUUGGAUCUUCGUUCCAAACAACUGAGCCCUCAAAAUCAGGCCAUACCGAUCAGAGGACCAUACCACGCACCGCAUAUAUUUUCUGAAAAGGAUCUUGCACAAUUGAUCCCCGAUGCAUCUUGUUAUGUUUUGAAAUCUUAUCAGGUCGAGUCCUCGAAAACUUCCUUCAUGGGAGAUCUUGAGUCGACAAGCACUUUGGAGUUAUUUCGCCACUGUAUAUAUCGGAUUCUUCGAGCUCCAGUGAUUUGGACGAGACUUCUCGAUGAUUGCGCCAAGUUCACAGACUUGGAUUUUAAGCUGAUUCCAGUGGGCUCUUCGACAAUGUUGAAUAGCAUGAUUGCACUGCUGAGGAAAGAAUUUCCUGGCAGUGAAGUCCAGAGCGAUGAGCUAGAGGAGGGGCAGUCUCUAUGCGAAGAUACAUCUGACCAUUCAAAAAUUGCCAUAGUCGGCAUGUCUGGCCGCUUCCCAGGAGCAGAUGACAACGACGAGUUCUGGUCCAUAUUGGAGAAAGGAAUAGAUACACAUCGUACGAUUCCUCCAGACCGGUGGGACUUCAAGUCACACACCGAUGAAAGUGGAAAAGGCAAGAACAAGAGCCAUACCCCGUAUGGCUGUUUCAUCAAUGAUGCCGGAAAUUUCGACAACCAGUUCUUCAACAUCUCCCCGCGUGAGGCGGCCCAAAUGGAUCCCAUGCAGCGAUUAGCUCUCGUGACAGCUUAUGAAGCAAUGGAAUCUUCAGGCAUGGUCUUGAAUCGUACUCCAUCUACACAAGCGGAUAGAGUUGCCACGUUCUAUGGCCAAGCAAUUGAUGAUUGGAAAGAGACAAACACCGCCCAAGACAUUGACACCUUCUUCAUUACUGGGGGUAUCCGAGCUUUCGGUCCAGGAAGGAUAAAUUAUCACUUCGGAUUUCAAGGUCCAAGCUACAAUGUGGACACGGCAUGUUCAAGCAGUUUGGCGGCUAUUCAACUUGCUUGCACAUCAUUAAAAGCACGAGAAUGUGAUACUGUUCUGGCAGGAGGAAUGAACAUCUUCACCAAUCCGGACAUUUUUGCAGGACUGUCAAAAGGCCAUUUCCUGUCGAAAACAGGACCAUGUAAAACCUCCGACGAGGGAGCCGAUGGGUAUUGUCGCGGAGAGGGCGUUGGUACUGUGAUUUUAAAACGUCUUCCAGAUGCUCUUCAAGACAGAGAUCAUAUAUUAGGAGUGAUAGUUGCAUCUGCCACAAAUCACAGCGCAGAGGCAAUCUCCAUUACUCAUCCUCAUAUCGAGACGCAAGAAGCGCUGUUCAAAAAGGUCUUGCAGAAUGCCCGACUCGAUGCGCACGACAUUAAUUAUAUCGAAAUGCACGGAACCGGAACAGUCGCAGGCGAUACAGUAGAAAUGGAGAGUGUAACAAGAGUUUUCGCACCAACGGGGCGCAGGCAGAGGAAAGACAACAAUCCUUUAUACCUAGGAUCUCUCAAGCCAAAUAUUGGGCAUGGAGAAGCGGUCUCAGGUUUCAGCAGUCUUGUGAAGGUAUUGUCGAUGUUCCAAAGAGACACUAUCCCACCACACUGUGGAAUUAGCACCCAGCUGAACAGAGGGUUCCCGACCGACCUGGCGGCAAGAAAUGUGCGGAUUGCGUCUACAUCGACUUCUUGGCCCCGGUCCGCCACAACAAGAAGACGUGUCCUCUUGGAUAACUUCGGGGCAGCAGGUGGCAAUAGUUCGCUGAUAAUUGAAGAUCGUGCAGUGUUGGGGGUCUUGGGAGAAGAUCCACGAACGCGGCACAUAAUAGCCAUCUCAGCAAAAUCCAUAACAGCCCUGGCGACGAACAUAGAAAAGUUAAUUAAGCACAUUAAAGCAAAUCCAGAGAUAGAUCUUCCAAAUCUAAGUUACACCACAACCGCUAGAAGAAUGCAUUAUCGAUAUCGUGCCUUGCCUGCUCUGGCUCCGCCUCGAAUAAACUUUGUUUUUACAGGUCAAGGAUGCCAAUACGUUGGCAUGGGUCAACUGUUGUUUCAAACAUCAAGGACGUUUAAAGACCAGAUUUGCAGACUCGAUGUAAUUGCUGUGUCGCAAGGAUUUCCAUCUUUUGCAGCGUAUAUCGCAAAUCCCGAAGAACAUGCUUCUGGAGAAAGUAUUCCUGCGAGUAAGCUAUCGAUGAUAUCGCAGUUGGCACUCGUUUGCCUACAAAUAUCGCUUGCUCGGCUCUGGAUUUCAUGGGGUGUACAGCCAUCAGCAGUCAUUGGACACUCCUUGGGAGAAUAUGCCGCUUUGAAUAUUGCUGGGGUUUUGUCAGAUCAUGAUACAGUCUAUCUGGUAGGGAGCCGGUCACAGCUCAUGAAAAAGCACUGUCAGACCGGUACACAUAGCAUGCUUGCUGUGAGAGCCGAUUCCGAUCGAGAACUCAACGAAACGAGGACGAUCGCCUCGCACCAUAACGUUGAGAUAUCUUGCAUUAAUAGUCCACGGGAUAUCGUUUUCUCCGGAACACAAUUGGCUGUGGAUGCAGUGAAAAAAACCCUCCCAUCCAAGGUGAAAUCACAAAAGGUUGACGUUCCAUAUGCAUUUCAUUCUGCACAAGUAGAGCCUAUUUUGGACGAGUUCGAGGCUUUGGCAUCAUCGGUAGUCUUUUCGAAGCCCAAAAUUGCGAUAAUUUCGUCAUUGUACAGCAAGUUCGUAGAUGAAGGCCACUCCUUCGGCGCACGUUACUUCAGAGAUCAUUGCAGAAAGACGGUAAACUUUGCAGAUGCGUUACAAAGUCAACUCAAGGCCCAACGGUCGAAUGAUCAUUCGAGAACGGUGUGGUUAGAGAUUGGACCUCAUCCGACAUGUUGCACGAUGAUUAAAGCUACCUUGCAAGCUGGCCAUGAGACUUUGUGUUCCCUUACUAAGACCAAUGGGCCGUGGACUAGCCUCGCACAAAGCUGCUCAAAGCUGUAUAUUGAAGGCCUCAAGCUUGAUUGGAUGCAGUAUCAUCGCGAAUUCGAGCAAAGCCUUGCUCUAGUUCCGCUCCCCGCUUACUCGUUUGACAAUAAGAAGUUCUGGAUUGAUUAUGUCAAUAACUGGUCACUGAACAAGGGUGAAAUCCGGAGCUCCGCAUUAACAACCGCAGACUCUCUUGAGCUCUCCACCACAACAGUUCAAAAUGUUUUGCAACAAGACUUCAACAAGAAUGACGGUACCGCAACUAUUUUGGCAGAGACCGACUUCGCUGAUUCGUUCAUGCAAGAAGCUGUAGCUGGUCAUCUCAUCAAUGGCGUGGCUUUAUGUCCAUCCGCCAUAUACGCUGACAUGGCAAUGACUAUAUGCAAUCAUGGCUACAGAAUACUGUGUCCAGUGGUGGCCAAAUUCAGUAUGGAUAUCAGAGACAUGGCCAACACCAAACCUCUAGUGGUGGAUAUUAGCAAAACAAGUAAAAUCGGCCAGAAAGUUGAGAUUGAAGCCAGGAUCGAUUUGUCCACUAGGUCUGCCAAAGUCUCCAUUCGAAGCAGGAGCACGCAAAAAGUAGUUGAACAUGCGAGUUGCAUGGUCGUUUUUCGUGACGAUCCCCAACAGGCGAAUGAGUGGAAUCGGGUGGAGCAUUUGAUCAACUCGCGACUAGAUGUUUUAACUUGCUCCCCCAAUGUGAACAAAAUCCAAGGCGGAAUGGCAUAUAAAUUGUUCUCCAACCUCGUACAAUAUGGCCCAAAAUACAGAGGUAUGAGUAAUGUUUUGCUUGACAGCGAUUGCUGGGAAGCAACGGCACAAGUCAGUUGCCGAUCGACUAAAGAUGACGGUUCAUACUUCUUCAGUCCAUACUUGAUUGAUAACUUGGCUCAUAUUUCUGGGUUUGUGAUGAACGCCAACGAGGCCUUGGAAGCAGAUCAUGUUUAUAUCUCUCAGGGUUGGAGCAGCAUGAGGCUUAGUGAUGAUAUUUCCCUUGGAAGAAACUAUCAAGUCUAUGUGAAGAUGCAACCUCAACAUGGCUCGAAGAUGGUCGCGGGAGACGUCUACGUUCUUUGCGAUACAAAGAUAGUAGGGCUUAUUGAAGGGUGUAGAUUUCAGUCCGUACCACGGACACUUCUUAAUACGCUACUUCCCACACAGCAAAAUAGUUCUCAGGCAAGCUUCUUAUCAUCAGUCACUCUUGGGGAAGGGGUGACGGAGUCGCAAAUGGCGCCCAGUCCAUCGUGGCCUUCCAAACUUGUGGAAGGGGCCAAAACAUUUUCACAUCGCGCGAUGUCAAUAGUAGCGGGCGAGAUAGGAUGUGGCGUUGAUGAGCUCCACGAUACUGCAUUAUUCUCGGACUUGGGAGUCGAUUCCCUACUUUCGCUAACCAUUUUGGGAAUAUUUCGAGAAGAGUUUGAUCUGAAGGUAGACAGCACUUUGUUCAUCGAACAUCCAUCAGUAGGAUCUCUGAGGAGCUUUCUGAGGGAUUUAAUGCAACCGAAAACACCUCAGCCUCCGGUGUUGACGCCUCCGAUAAGUCCUCAGAUGCAAAGUAUUUCAAUGGCGGCGACCGAGCAACUGUCGGCGUCGUCUCGUACACCAGACACUUUCCAUGUACAGUCUAUACUGCUUCAUGGAUCACAGAGAACAGCGAGCCGUAAUCUAUUUCUAUUCCCUGAUGGAUCGGGCUCAUGUGCCUCGUAUGCCCUUUUAGCUUCACACCUGAACGACAUUUGUGUCUGGGGCAUGACUUGCCCUUUUAUGACCUCGCCCGAAAGCUUCACAACAGGUGUUUCAGCAGUAGUGCGCAAAUACAUGGUCGAAAUCCGAAAACGACAGUCAAACGGGCCGUAUAUUUUGGGUGGUUGGAGCGCCGGCGGAGUUCUUGCAUACGAAGCAACAAAGCAACUUCUAGACGAAGGAGAUUCUGUCGAUCAGUUACUCUUGAUUGAUUCUCCCUUCCCGCUAGGACUUGAGGCACUACCACUAGCGUUCCACGAAUUCUGCGCAGACAUCGGUCUGUUGAACGUUGAAGGUCGCUUACCGCACUGGCUGUUGCCACAUUUUGCGGCGACAGUAAGGGAGUUGACGAAAUACUCUGACGAGCUAGUGGCUACGAGUCUGAAAGCUGACAUGAUCGACAAAAUGCCUAGAACAGUAAUUAUCUGGGCAAGAGAUGGAGUUGAAAAAGACAGCAAGAAGACCCUAGAGUGGAAGGGGAGAAUGCCGAAUUCCAUGCAUUGGCUCAUGGAAGACAGGUCGGAUAUGGGACCAAACGGGUGGGAGAGACUCCUUGGAUCUGCCAAAAUCGAUUGUUUGAGUGUAGAUGCCAAUCAUUUCACAAUGAUGAGGGCAGCUGCUGUUGUUGAGGUUGGCCGUUUAUUGGAUCAAGAGAUUUGGAAAUGA